AAUGGGUUGGGGCUGUCCAAGCUUUCGCUAUCUUCGGCUUCGUGGGCAUCAAUGUUGCGUGCCUCCUCAUCGUCCUGUACAUCUUCUGGGACAGCUGCAAGAGCAACAAGGAAGUGGGAAUGGCUGCCUCUAUCAUCUGCUUUGUCACAGCUGGGUGCUGGCUGCUUGCCGUCAUCAUCUUUGGGGCGGAGUUCGAAGACGACCCUAAUGUGAGUGGAUCAGACGACGAGCUUGGAUACUCCUUCGGCCUGGCAAUCGUGGCCCUGCUUUUAGAAGCUAUCGGGGGUGUCCUGUUGCUUUUGGAGGUGCUGAAGGGGUCGAGUGGGACCUCGCCUUCCUCGUGAGAGGGGCAAUUCAAUAAUCGUCUCGGCUAGAGUAAA